AUUGUCAACCGACUUACAAUUUUUUUGUUUGCUUGUUUGUAACAAGAACAAGGGUUAAACAUCCAAAAUGGUAAAAACUAAAAACUUAGCUAAUCAUCUACCACUCUCUGUAACUGAACUAAGUACAUAGAAUAAGAAAAUGAGAGAGAAAGAGAGGUGGCAAAGGAUGAAGUGAAGGAGGUGAGAGACGUAAAGCAAAGCAAAGGGGGAUCGUCACGAGAAUCAGUGGUCUCAUUUUUCUUCCACCAGUGAAACAACUAUGAACGGCAACGGAACUUGGCUUCACGACGCCGGUGAACCUUCUCAGGCAAACGAUAACGAUGAAUCUAGGACAUGGGUCAGAAACACAGAAGAGAACUGGUUCAGUAACCCACAACCACUAAACCCACUCCAUAACAACCAAAACGACUUCAGAUUCAACAGUGGAGCGUUCCCCUCAAACCCUUCAGAGAAUCUCCUUCUCCUCCUCCAGCAAGAACAACAACAACAACAACAACAAUCUUUCUUAACUACAAAAGCUUGCAUGGCUUCUCUCCUCAACAUCCCCACCAGCAACACCAACAACAACAUCAACAGCAACCCUUUCGAUGAACUCGGCUUCAGUUCUGGCUUUUUAGGACAAACAAACCAGACUCCACUCUCCAUGAGUUUCUCUGGAAUGAGUUCACCACCGGACUUUCUCUCUUCCCGGUCAAUCCCCCCGCCGGAAAACAGUUCAUUCACUCCUCUGGAGUUUGCUGGAGUGGCCAAUGGUGUUUUCGAGAACAGAGCUAAAGUUCUGAAACCAUUAGAGGUAUUAGCUUCGUCUACCUCCCAGCCGACACUGUUCCAGAAACGAGCUGCGAUGCGUCAGAGCUCAAGCAGCAAAACUUGCAACUCAGAGUCUUCCUCAGAGAUGAGAAGAUCAAGCUACGAGCCUGACAUCGAUGACGCAAGUACUGGAAUCAUCGACAUCAUCUCUGAUGAACAUAACAACAAAGGCAAGAAGAAAGGAAUGCCUGCUAAGAAUCUAAUGGCUGAGAGAAGAAGAAGAAAGAAGCUUAACGAUAGGCUUUACAUGCUUAGAUCAGUUGUUCCCAAGAUCAGCAAAAUGGAUAGAGCAUCUAUACUUGGUGAUGCAAUUGAUUAUCUUAAAGAGCUUUUACAGAGAAUAAACGAUCUUCAUACCGAACUUGAGUCUACUGCUCCACCUAGUUCUUCAAGCUUGAAUCCGUUAACACCGACCACGCAGACGCUAAGUUACCGUGUUAAGGAAGAGUUGUGUCCUUCUUCUUCCUUCCCAAGCCCUAGAGGCGAGCAAGCAAGAAUUGAGGUUAAGUUAAGGGAAGGGAAGGCAGUGAACAUUCACAUGUUCUGUGGACGACGACCUGGUCUUUUGCUUUCAACCAUGAGAGCUUUGGAUAACUUAGGGUUGGAUGUUCAACAAGCUGUUGUUAGCUGUUUCAACGGGUUUGCUUUGGAUGUUUUCCGCGCUGAGCAAUGCCAAGAAGGCCAUGAUGUGGUGCCUGAACAGAUCAAAGCAGUGCUUUUAGACACUGUCGGUUACACCGGUUUGGUCUGAUGAGUUCAGUUCUUUUGAGGAACAGAAAGACGUAUCUGUGUGAAAACAGAGCUAGAUCUGAGCCUUUUUUAGUUCAGUCAUUUUCUUAUUACUUAGUUCCAUCAAAAGUUUUAACCAUGUAUUCAUAAGAUAAUCGUUUUAUCUUUUAGCUUUGAAACAAAACAUGUGUUUUGCUUCUUUUCAACUUUUUAUUUUGCUU